AAAAAGAAAUGUAAAGGGAUGUAUUACUAUUAAUGAUUAAGCGAAGGAGAGUGUGUGAGAGAGGCAUCAUCCAUCAUCCAUCAUCUGCAACGAUGACCAACUAUGGCACAAUCCCGACGUCUUCCUCACCUUCAACAAACCUCGAGUUCAUCUCACGCGCCAAAAACAGAAUCAAGGAAGGUUUGGGAACUCGCCGUCCAUGGAAGAUUAUGUUCAAUUUCCGCUCCUUUGCUCUUCCCGCCGGCUUCUCCGACGCCGUCUCGCGCCUGCGGACCAACGUCGCCUUCUUCCAGAUGAACUACGCAAUCGUCCUUCUCAUUCUGCUCUUUCUCAGUCUUCUCUGGCAUCCGAUUUCGCUCAUCGUCUUCGUCGUCUUGAUGGCGGCCUGGCUCUUCCUCUACUUCCUCCGCGACGAGCCGCUCACGCUCUUCGGACGCCUCGUCAGCGACCGCCUCGUGCUCCUCGUCAUGGCGGUGCUCACCAUCGUGCUGCUGCUGCUCACCGGCGCCACGCUCAACAUCCUCGUGGCGCUCCUCGUCGGAGUCCUGCUGGUGGUGGCGCACGGCGCCUUGCGGAGGACCGAUGAUUUGUUCCUCGACGAAGAAGAGGCUACUCGCUUGACUCCUCCUCCUCCUUCUUCCGGUGGUGCUGUUCCUUGAUCUGGAUUUUCUUUUUCGUGAAUUUAGUAAAUAAUUUUAGGUUUGAAUUUGAUUUGAUCUGGUUCGUUCUGUUUGGGUUUAUGGUUUUGGCCCUUCUCGGAGGGGAACAAAGUUUAUCGCUGAAAUUCAUUGCUUGCUCUUUGUUAAGCUCAA